AUGGUUACUUUUCACAUAUUGACGUCACUAGAGACGAGCAAUGACAUGUACUACAUUUUGUAUCAUCAAUUCCAGGAAUUGAUGAAGAAACAGUGGGAAGUGCGCAUUUCGCUUAGUUAUAGAGAGUGUAAUAAAGUAGGAGAUUAUCUUGCUAAUAUAGGUCACUCUUUCAGGAUAGGUUUCCAUAUUAUUGAACCUCCAGAUCCGGGUUUAAACUUUUGGAUCUUGUAUGAUAAUUUGGCCAUUUCUCAAACACGUUUAAUUUAA